AUGGAGGGACCUAUGGGACCUCGGGGGUACAACGGGUCACAAGGCCCCAAAGGAGACCAGGGCGUACAAGGUCCUGUUGGACCUCAAGGGUACAAUGGAACUCAAGGGUCUAAAGGUGACCAAGGUGUUGGCGACCUGUCAGCCUGUGUUUUUAAAAUUGCCACGGGUAUUGGUUCAAUCGGAGUUGGCGCAAGUGCUUCUGUGUCAAUAAUGGAGGCUGCGGAUAAAAGAAUUUUUGUCGGCGGUUGCAGCACCAACUAUGGUGAUGUUGUCAGACAGACAUAUUCAGUUUCAGGUGGCAUUAAUAAUUACGCAUGCACGUGUAUCGGGGACGCAAACCAAGGAUUGGGCCCACCCCACGAGUGCUACCUCGCGUACACCGAAUGCCCGAGGACGACACCUUGAGAUGAAGAUUUAGCCAAAUUACAGCUUCCUUUCCAAUAUAGAAUGACACGCUUUUUUUCAAUUGCCUGAAGUCUUUAUUCUCUGUGACAAGAUGCUACACAUAUAUUCGUAAGCCUCAAGAGGACUAUAAUUAUACAUAGCAACAAUUGUCAUUCUUUGUGCCAGUGGAACCUGCCAUGUAACACCAUGAAAUGUUAAACAUCAAAAGUAAGUAACCUUUUAAGUAAUCAUCCAAGCAAGAACUAGGCACUUUCCCCAUUGGAUUUUUAAUACUAAGCAUAAAGACAGAAUAUAUAGAAUAUUGUAAGAAAUAAUUACGUAAAGCUUUAUUUGUAUUGCUAUUGGUUGCCUCUCUUUGACACCUUUAUCACUUUAAGUAAUUGUGGUUGUCUGGCGGCACAAUAGUCUUGACGACAUAGGAAACAAGCUUUGUUAUAUUCAUAUGUCCAUACCUUUCUCCUGAGAAACAAGAUAAGAAAUCGACAGUCGGAAAACAAGAUAGAAUAACAAUAAUAAAAUCCAAUUAUUUAGAAUUUGCAAACUGUACAUUUGUUUUAUCAUGUUCAAAAUAGUACAAAAUAAAGAUGUUAAAUUAAUAAUGAAGAACACUGAUUUCAUUAUGAUAUUGUCACACUGGUUUUGCAUACCAUUACUUGAUUGGAUGCUCUUGAAUAAAGGGAUUUUGAUAAAA